AUGGCAAUGGGCGUCAUCGGCGGCGGGAGGACGGAGGCGAUCAUGCGCGAGAUCGCGAGCCUGCGCGCCCAGCGGGACGAGCUGGACAGCCGCAUCCGCUUCUUGGAGUCCCAGCUCCGCGUCGGCGCCGCGCCGACCACGCUUCCUCCCAGCCUGCACGCCGCCGCCCGAGGGGGCGGCGGCCUGAGCCCCGACAUGGUUAGACGGUACAGCCACCAGCUCCUCCUCCCCGACUUCGGCGUGCAAGGGCAACGGAGACUCUCUCGGUCAUCAGUUCUGGUGGUCGGAGCCGGAGGCUUGGGAUCGGCCGUAGCAUUGUACCUGGCUGCCUGUGGCGUUGGUUCUCUAGGCAUUGUUGAUGGAGACGACGUUGAACUUGGCAACCUCCAUCGUCAGGUCGUACACGCAGAAGCUUAUGUUGGGCAACCUAAGGUGAAAUCUGCAGCAGCUGCUUGCCGGGCGAUUAACUCCUCUAUCAACGUGUUGGAACAUCAUCUCAAACUGAAACCAAAAAAUGCUUUGGAUGUUGUGAGGCAAUAUGACAUAGUCGUUGAUGCAACAAACAGCCUUGCUAGUCGGUACAUGCUAAGUGAUUGUUGUGUCCUUCUCAACAAGCCUCUCAUAUCCGGUUCAACAACUGGUCUAGAAGGACAGUUGACAGUUUAUAAACAUAAUGGAAGUCCAUGUUACCGGUGUCAUUUUCCAAACCCAACAGCAUGCCAGAGUGGUUCUGCUAAUUGUACUCUUGGGGUUGUUCCAGGAGUGAUUGGCUGCCUACAAGCUCUUGAAACUAUAAAGGUUGCAACUCGUGUUGGUGAACCCCUUUGUGGAAGAAUGCUACACUUUGAUGCAUUAUCCUCCAGUUUUAAGACUGUUAAUAAGAUUCAUCAAAGGUCGUCAACUUGCACAGUUUGUGGAGAUAAUUCUAAUUUGACUCAAGACGCUUUUGUUAUGUUUGAUUAUGAUAGCUUCGCACAGUCUACAAAGUCUAGCAAGCCGACGGCAAUCCAGAACCCGCUCCCAAAGAACGCCCGGAUCACCUGCAGAGAAUACAAGCGGGUGCUCGACAGCGGCAGGGCUCACCUGCUGCUGGACGUGCGGCCGGUGCACCACUUCCAGAUCGCCUCCAUCGCCAACUCCGUGAACAUCCCGCUACACGAGCUCCAGGAGAGGCUUCCCCGGCUCAGGGACGCCCUGAGCGAGGUGGCGGACGUGUCGCACGGCAAUCACCGCCCCCUGUACUUCGUCUGCCAGAGCGGCGAUGACUCCGUGGCGGCCGUCGGCAUCCUCCGGGAGAACGGGUUCCCUUACGCCAGUGCUAUAGCCGGCGGCCUUGAGUGCUGGGCGCGAGAAGUUGAUCCCGGUUUCCCUGUGUACUGGUGA